AUGGUGGAUAUGAAGUGUCAGUAUAUAAAACAGGUGAGGUAUAUGAUUCAAGUGGUUGCUGCAUUCACACAUAGAAAAGUUGAUGUUAUUGGGUACUCAUUGGGGUCGCCGAUUGCUAGAAAGGCAAUUCUGGGAGGAGCUUGUGUUGAUACAGGAGAGAAUCUAGGACCUCCAUUGACGGCUCUUAUUGAUACUUAUGUUUCAGUUGCUGGAGCCAACCGUGGAUCCUUCCUGUGUGCUCUGCCGUUCCCUGGUGCUUGUAACAUGAAAAACGGAUUAUCUUGUAUGUCAGAAUACAUCAAAGAUAUCAACUCAAGACCCCGAUACGAAGGAAAAUAUAUUUUCUCCAUCUAUGGACCAAGUGAUGAUAAAGUGGGAUACCGUAACACGUGUGGACAGUUAUGUUCGCAAAUUGCUGGAGCAAAUGCUGAAUUCGAGCGUCCUGGAAACCACGAUGACGUUUUGAUCAAAACUGCUGCAUUACAAUUCAAACUCAUUGAUGAGCACGCUGGAUGA